AUGGCGGACCGCAAAGUGGUGGUUCCUAACGAUGAAGAGAUAGCUUACUCUCACAGUCAGGAACAUCCAAAUGUGAAAUGGUAUCGAUCGACUUUCUACAAUGCGCUCAUUCUGGGACUGUGCAACUUCCUCGCCCCGGGUAUCUGGGGUGCAAUGAACUCCCUCGGUGGUGGAGGAGACGAGUCACCUUAUUUGGUCAAUGCGGCCAAUGCUCUGACUUUCUGUCUGAUGGUAUUAUCAUGUUUCUUUGGAAGUGUCGUGGUACGCUAUAUCGGGAUUAAAUGGACGUUUAUUAUUGGGACGAUGGGAUAUGCGCCCUUCGCAGCAGGGCUUUACACUCAUAACCGAUUUGGGUUUGACUGGCUGGUCCUUUUAGGUGCAGCACUAUGCGGCCUGUCUGCUGGAAUUUUCUGGAUGGCGGAAGCAGCAAUUGCUCUUGCGUAUCCUGAGCCCCAUAACCAGGGACGUUUCCUCGGCUUUUGGUUGAGUUUCCGUGUCGGAGGACAGAUCGUUGGAGGCGCUGUGAACCUGGGCAUCAACAUCAAGAGAAAUACCGCGGGAAAAGUCUCAUAUACCGUGUUCAUCAUUUUCAUCGUGCUCCAGGCACUUGGUCCGUUUGCCGGUCUUCUCUUGAACAAGCCCUCGCAAGUUCAACGAACUGACGGGCUACCGGUCCGAUUGAGAAUCACCAAAAGUCCAUGGGUUGAGGUCAAGGAAAUGACCAAGCUCUUCUUCAGCCGGAACUUCCUGUUGAUUGUCCCGCUUAUCUCCCAGGCUGUCUACUCCGAGGCAGUCAUGUACAGUUACCAAGACUUAUGGUUCAGCGUCCGAGCUCGUGCUCUGGGAUCGUUCCUCUCUGGAAUUAUUGCACUCAUUCUGGGGAACGUCCUUGGUGCUUUUUUGGACCGGAAAGAUAUUUCUCUAAAAAAGAGAAACCGCUUUACGUUCUUCACGGUACUCGCGCUCCAGGGUGGCUGGUGGAUAUGGGGAACAAUCCUGGUCACAGAGUUCCAUAAGACGAAUCCAUCUUAUGACUGGGUCGACCCUGGUUUUGGCAGAGCCUUCGCCCUAUUCUUAUUCCUGGUUGCUGGUUUUCAGCUGAACUAUCUCUAUCUGUACUUCGUCGUUGGGAACAUCGCCAAGGACGAAGAAGAAGUCAUUCGUAUUGCAGGAUUGCUUCGCGGUACCGAGUCUGCGGCUCAGGCUGUCAGCUACGGCCUUAGCAGUGUGCCUAUCAUGGCAUCUAUCGGGAAUUUCUAUCUCAACUUCGCUCUCUGGGCGGUUGCAUUGAUUCCAGCAUGGAUUGUUACAAAGGAUAUUGGUGUCACGCUAGGUGACAGGAAGGUUGAGAGAGAAACAAAACUCUUGCGUGAAUCUGCAAGCGAAUGAGAGGAGCUCCGUAUUAGAGUACUUGCUUUGAGGAUGUGCAAACAGGAAUACAUACCUUUUGACUUCAUUAAACAUCGAAGUUUACAGCAAAGUCCACUGCCCAAUAUUGG